AACUUCGUUUCCUGAGCUCAGUUCAGUUGCAGCGACCGGAGACCUCACUUCUCAGUCACGUAAGUUCGCGUCCGCAGCUUCAACGAAAGUGUUUCGGCGUGGCAUUGAUCGAUCGAGUGAUUCUGCGAGCAUUUUUUUCUACCAUUGCUUCCAUGCGUUUAUCAUUUCACCGGCGCUUGUUCCCAUUAUUCAAAGUGGAAGAGUGAAAAUGAGUAAAAGACCCCAACGACCGCAGUGAACGAAAAUCCAGCGAUAAGCAGGGCGCGCACUCUUUACUUCCAUUUAUGAACAGAUGCGAUUUCGAUUGUGUGCACUGGUGAUCCUGUUGCAGUUUCUUGUAACAAUAUCAGCCAGAGAAAAGCGGAAAUGCAUCGGAGGACUCUGCAUACCACCGGAACUGUGCCGACCUGUGAAUACCAACGUGUACGACGAUAUUCAUCUGGACUUUUUCAGUUUCGAUCAUUCCAGCUCCGACGAGUGCCGACGAGGAAAUCUAAAAUGCUGCCCAUAUGACCGAAUUGUGCGAGCACCGGACACCGAGGCACCCGAUGAGACUGAGAUGGUGUGUGCAGCGAGAAACAACAACGGGGUAGGGAACUUCAUCUACCACGACAAAUCGAAGGCUAAGUACGGCGAGUUCCCGUGGAUGGCCUUUGUGUAUACUAUUCAAGAAGACUACGAAAUCUAUCUCUGCGGUGGGACACUCAUCCAGUCCAAAGUGAUCCUGACAAUCGCACACUGCAUUGAGGGUAAACAGCCGGAUCAACUGCGGGUUCGCUUCGGCGAGUGGGACCUCGAAGAUAUGAUCGAGAUUUAUCCACCGCAGGAUCGGGCUGUGCAGAAAAUGAUCAUUCACCCUUACUUCUACGGUGAACUGUUGCAGAAUGAUAUCGCCAUUCUGUUCAUCGACGAUCACGUCUGGUUCACGGAGGUCGUUGGGACAGUGUGCCUUCCGCCGCAAAAUGCCAACUUCGACGACAGACGCUGCGUGUUCUCCGGCUGGGGCGAAGAUAUCAACGGGAGGAACUCGUCUAUUCUGAAGAAAACAAAACUACCGAUCGUACCGCGAGGACAGUGCGAGAAAGCACUCCGGAAGCAGCUGAACGAUCGGUACUUUCAGUUGCACGAGGGUUUUCUGUGUGCCGGUGGUGAAUCCGGUAAGGAUGCCUGCAGAGGAGAUGGUGGCUCGCCGUUGGUUUGCAGGAUACCGAACUCGGAAAAUCAGUACUAUCUGGCGGGAAUAGUAGCGUUCGGAGCGGAGUGUGGUACGCAGGGAGUUCCCGGUGUGUACGUUAAUGUUCCUUACUAUCGCGAUUGGAUUGACGGGGAGAUUGCGAAAAUGUAUCAUGUCGACAUAUUUGUUAACUAAUUGAAAAAUAAAUGGUUAAGUGACA